AUGCAACUACUAGCCUUUCAAGCACUCUUGCUGCUGCUUCUUCUUCUUCUUCUACCGCCACGCCUUAUACUAUCUACCUCUGAAACCACCACUUCUUCCGGCCAUGCAAUACCGUACCCCGCCUUUGAAAUCUUUAAUGUUAAAGAAACCAUAGCCGCCGAGACAAAAAUUCGAGCCCCAAAUGAAUACAAUGAACUAACUUCUGAUGAUCAUAGUGAUGUGAAGAAGAACAAGACGUGGAAGCUUCACUUGGUUCAUAGAGAUAAGCUUUCUUUUGCCUGGUUGAAUGACCAUCACCGCCGUUUCGAAGCUCGCAUGAAAAGGGACGUUAAAAGGGUGGGUAGCUUGAUUCGCCGUCUGAAAGCCGGCCAUGGAGGAGGUGGUGGUGGAAAGGCUAGUUAUGAGGUGGAGGAUUUCGGAUCAGAUGUGGUUUCCGGCAUGGACCAAGGUAGUGGAGAAUACUUUGUGCGGAUUGGUGUUGGAAGUCCAGCCAGGAGUCAAUACAUGGUGAUUGAUUCUGGCAGUGAUAUUGUCUGGGUCCAAUGUCAACCUUGUAGCCAGUGUUACCAUCAGUCGGAUCCAGUAUUUGACCCGGCAGAUUCGGCUUCAUUUGCCGGGGUGUCGUGUAGCUCCUCGGUUUGUGAUCAAGUCGAAAAUUCGGGUUGUCAUGCGGGUCGGUGCAAGUACGAGGUCUCGUAUGGUGACGGGUCUUACACUAAAGGUACACUCGCCCUCGAGACGCUCACCAUUGGACACACACAGGUCCAAAGCGUGGCCAUUGGAUGCGGUCACAUGAAUCGGGGCAUGUUUGUUGGAGCUGCCGGGUUGUUGGGUCUUGGAGGGGGAUCCAUGUCGCUCGUGGGUCAAUUAGGCGGGCAAACGGGUGGAGCCUUUAGUUAUUGCCUCGUGAGUCGGGGCACAGACUCAUCCGGGUCACUGGAAUUCGGCCGCUCGGUAUUACCCAUAGGCGCUGCAUGGGUACCACUACUCCGAAACCCGAGGGAACCAAGUUUUUAUUUUAUUGGGCUUUCGGGUCUUGGGGUCGGUGGCAUGCGGGUUCCAAUAGGCGAGAACAUUUUUCGACUCACUGAAUCCGGCGACGGAGGAGUGGUGAUGGACACCGGGACUGCCGUAACAAGGCUACCAACCGCAGCCUACGUGGCUUUCCGCGACAUAUUUCUCGCCGAAACAGCCAAUCUUCCUCGAUCGCCUGCUAUUUCAAUAUUUGACACAUGCUAUGACUUGAACGGGUUUGAGACCGUUCGGGUACCAACCGUAUCGUUUUUCCUGUCGGGUGGACCGAUCCUAACUCUUCCAGCUAGGAACUUCCUCAUUCCAGUGGAUGAAAAGGGCACAUUUUGUUUUGCAUUUGCUCCAUCACCUUCAGGACUUUCCAUAAUAGGGAACAUUCAACAAGAAGGUAUACAAAUCUCUUUUGAUGGAGCAAAUGGUUUUAUGGGAUUUGGGCCCAAUGUUUGCUGA